AUUGUAGGAUCUGUUUCCCUAGGAUUUCAAUAGGAAACCCUUGGUUCCUCUUUUCUUCCCCCUUCCGCGCUUUCCAGGUUCAGUAGAAAUGGCUCACACCUCUGAAACAUCUGAAGUUCCUCCCGGAAACCAAGAAAAGGUCGAUGGGGAUGUGGAAAUGGAGGUUAAGGACGAGGGAACUCUUCCGCCGUCUGAGGUGGAUGUUAUCGGCCAGCCUCUGGACGAGCAAGCACUGCGAGUAGCCGAGAUCGUGCGCAGUUUCCUCCAGAUGACACAGACGGCAGGAAGCAGCGGCGCCGAAUCGCCAGCGGGGGACCGUUGCAAGGCCAUGAUGGAGGUGGUUCUCAAGGGGAACGGGAAAUGGACAAUUUCUAAACUGGAAAGUGAGCACAACCACUCACUCAUUGAUGCCUCUUCCGGCGAUGGAAGCUCUAAGAUGGCAUUUUCAAUUGGAAUGGUGUUCGAUUCUGUGGAGGCGGCAAAGGCUUCUUACUAUGCUUACGGUGACAAAAUGGGGUUCAGGGUACGGACAGGGUCGAACCGUCGGUCAGCGGGCAAUAGGACUCUCGUCAUGCAGAGAUUUUUGUGCUGGAGAGGAAGCUACCUAAUGCAGAGACGGAAUUUGGAGACGAGUACUUGGAAGAGGAAGAGAGGGCCUUACAGGAAGAGAGGUAAGCAGUUGGAGGAGGUAGAGGAGAAGAAGGAUGGUGAUGGGGAUUUGGUUGAGGUGGUAGAUGUCGAUAGCUUUUCUAACAAGGUAUGUGUGGCAGAUGAUGAUUUUGGGGCUCAUGUGGAGAGCAGGCCUUCAGUUCAAAGCUCAGAAGGUGGUGAUUUUGGAGCUGAGAUAGGGAGCAGUGCUUUAAUGAAAAGCACAGUUUCAUCUGAUGACACAAGGACACCCGGAGCAGAGGUGAAAAAUGGGGGGCAGACAUCUGCAACAUCUGUUUCUGCACAAUCUAAGCUGUUGAGGGAGCUUGGUGUGAGAGUAUAUAGGUAUUCUUCUGAUGAGAAGAGAGACAUAAUUCUCAGGUACUUGAUGAAGAAGAACAACCGUCAAUCUGGGGAAAGAACCAUAAAGUUUUUUACGACUCAACCUCCUGGAGAAAAUUUCCAGCAACAACAGACUAUUCCACAACAGCAAAAUAUUCCGCAACAGCACGAUGCUGGUGGAAAUUUUAUUGGUUGGUUGCCAUUGCAGACUUGUGAAAAGCAGGUUAAAGUUAUUUCCAGAAAACCAAAGCCACCGAUAAGAGAGAUAACGGGUGUAGUGGAAGAACCAAAAAUUGGUAUGUUAUUUGCAAAUGAAGACAGGGCAUAUGAGUUUUAUGUUAGAUAUGCUGGAAAUGUUGGUUUCUGUGUUCGAAAGGGAUGGUGGGAUAAAACUGCUAGGAGUGUUACACGGUUAAGGGUUUAUGUGUGCUCCAAAGAAGGUUUUCGCCCUAAAAGUUUUUCAAAUGAGAUGAAAAAAGCAAGACCAGAGACUAGAACAGGAUGUCUUGCUCGUAUGGCAAUUGAACUUAUGUCUAAUGGUAAAUACAGCGUAAGUGAAUUUGUGUCUGAGCAUAACCAUGAAUUAGCAGCUCCAUUAGAUCUUCAAUUAUUCAAGUCCCAUAAGUUGUCAAGUAAAAUGCCGUUUGGUAAUCAUCAUAGAAACAAGGUGAUACCUGCUGAGUACAAAAAUUACUUGAGGUCAAAGCGAGUUAAGAGUAUGCAGAUGGGGGAUGCGGUUCUCUUGCUAGAAUACUUGCAUAGAAUGAAGAGCGAAAAUCCAUCUUUUUUCUAUGCCAUACAAGUUGAUGAAGAUGAUCAGUUGACAAAUAUCUUCUGGGCAGAUGCAAAUUCGAUUAUGGACUAUGAAUACUUCGGUGAUGUUGUAUGUUUUAACACAACCUAUAAAGACGAUGACAGUGGAAGACCAUUUGUUCAGUUUUCUGGUGUUAAUCAUCAUAAGCAAACAGUUACAUUUGGUGUUGCGCUAAUAUACGCUGAAACUGUGGAAUCCUUCAAGUGGUUAUUUGAAACUUUCAAGGCUGUUAUGGGUGGUAGGCAGCCUAAGACAAUUUUGACCGGACAAAGCUCUGCCAUGAGUGAUGCCAUAGCUGUUGUAUGGCCUCACACAGUUCAUCACUAUUGUAUAUGGCACAUAUAUCAAAGUGCUGCUAGGAACUUAACUCAGCUCUUCAAAGAUUCAGAAACUUUUUUACUUGACUUCAACCAGUGCAUUUUUGAGCUCCACGAGGAGGAAGAUUUCCUAACUGCAUGGACAUCGCUCUUAGAAAGAUACGACUUGAAAGAUAAUGAAUGGCUAGCUAAGUUAUAUGGAGAGCGGAGGAAAUGGGCUUUACCUUAUGGCCAAGAAACUUUUUAUGCUGACAUCUUUAACACACUUCGUAGGGAGGGCUUAAAUAAUGUAUUAAAAGAAUAUUUAAGUCCACAGAUAGAUCUCUUACAAUUUCUCAGGAAGUAUGAAGAGUUUGUGAAGGAACAGAGAUACACAGAACAAGAAACUGAUUAUCUUACCAGUCAAGUCACAUCUAGAACCCCUACGCUGAGAUUCCAGUGGCAAGCUGCAAAUGUAUACACACCUGCAGCCUUUGAGAUGUUUAAAGUGGAAUUUGAGCUUAUCCCAAAUUGUCUUGUUUACAGUUGUGGUGAUGUGGGAACCAUAUCAGAAUAUGAGGUGGCAGUUAAGGAUAAACCUAAGCCGUACUUUGUUAGGUUUGAUACAUCCGAUGGUUCAGUUUUUUGUAGCUGCAGGAAGUUCGAGUUUGUUGGGAUUCAGUGUUGCCAUGUGUUGAGGGUGCUCGAUUGCAGGAAUGUUAAAGAGCUUGCACCUCAAUACUUUUUGAAGCGGUGGAGCAAGGAUGUAAAAUCUGGGCUCAUUAGGGAGGAUGAGUGGUUGUCACUCCAGGAUGACCCCAAUUCGUCUCUACAAAAGAGGUACAGCUCCUUGUGCCGUAUAUUGUAUAAAAUUGCAGCAAGGGCUGUUGAAAAUGUUCAAGCGUAUGCAUUUAUGGAAAACCAGUUCGAUCAGAUUUUGGAACAGGUUGAGCAAAUACUACAAACGAAACUUCUUGAGAAAACCUCCAUGAACAUUCUUUCAAAAGGUCAAUUACAGAUUCCGACACAAGUUGAAGGCAUAGAUAAUGAGAACAAUGGUGAAUCUAGGAGGUUAAGUGGGAAAAAGAAAAAGGAUGCCACAGCCCAUCGUAGGCAGCAAGGUAGCAUGGAGAUGAGUAAACAGUACAAGGGACUUAAAGGAAAAUCUGAUGCUGUAAACGUUGCAAUGGAUGCUGGUGAUCCACUGAUGGCAUCUAAUGAGAUCCCUUUCCAGGGUAGGAAUUCUUCUACUCAGUUUUUUCAUCCAAGCCAAUCAUUCCAGGGGCCAUAUAUUCCUGGCCAUCAAUUCGGAAUUGGUUCCUUUCAAGGUUUUCAUGGAACUCCUCAGUUUACUCAGGAAUUUUCAGCUCCUGUGUUGCAACAGCAGUCUUUCCCGGGAGAAGCUAAUUUAGGCCAGGCUUCUGAGAUGCACGCUCUUCAAUUUGUUUCAAGCAACACCCAGCUGGGACCCCAGGGGGGUGACCAAGGCCACUAUAGCAUUCCAGUUUGGGAUUUUUUGUGAGAGUUCUUUUUGAAGGAAAUACUUUUUCAUCCCAGCAUGCUUAUAGCUCGCGCCAUCAUUAAGGUGAAGCAGUGAUGGUGUUCCUUGGCUAAAAUUUUAUGCUAAUGGAAAGAAUUGUAAGCUGCAGAUUAGGAAUAUAUUUGUCCCCUAGCUCUAGUGGUGCCGCCAGAAGUUUUGUGCAGGUAAUGACUUCGAAUGUGAAUUACAAUGUGAUUUUGAGAGGAAUAUUUGUAGUGGAUAUAAGUUUGCAUGUAUCUCUUUAUUCUAGCAAUCCGUGACUAAUGUACAGAUGUAUGUUUACACCCUAAAAAAUUCUCAGGCUUUGUUUAAAUCUGCAAUUAUCCCGAAUGAUGUGUAUGGAGUUUGUUGACGGUUACUUAGUAAAUCAUUCUGCAUGUAUACUUUUA